CUGCCCGACCUAAGGCGAAGUAUAGCCACGUGACAAGUGUCACGACUCUCGUUCUUCACAAGUUCGGAAGACCAUUGAAGUACACACUCAACAAAAGAUUAAUGUUAGAAGUAUAUACUGCUACAGCAAGAAGGCCAAUUUCAAUAGAACCAGGCACUUUCUAUCCCGCUAUCACGUGUGUAAUCAACCCCACUUUCAAUGCCAACAUUCUACCUACUGUAAGAGGAAGGAAGCUCACUCAUGAGAUCCAGCACACUAAGUAUUUCUUUCAUCUUGACUUCUUAACUUUUCAACCUCUUCCCAGCUUCGCUGCUUUCUUACUUUUUUCAAGUUGUCGGUUAUCAGUCAAUUCCUUGCCUGUCCAGCACCAUUUUCUCCAGUCUCAGCAUCAUCGAUUCGCCAUUGCUCCUUUCAACUGUUAUCUUCACAACUCAAACUCACCCCAGCUAAGUUUGACAUCAACCAGCCCUUCUCACUCGCCCUCUCACUCCCCAUCAUGUCACACACCCACUCCUUCCACGUCUCAAAAUCCUCCGUCCACCUAAAAUGGGACAACUCCCUCCCGCCAGCCCUAACCGUCGACUCCGGCACCGAAAUAUCCUUCGACCUCCUCGACGGCGGGUACAACCAAUUCACCUCUACAUCCACCGCAUCCGACGUCCCCAACUUCAACCUCGCUCUCGGCGACCCCGCCAUCGGACCCGUAUACGUUAAUGGUGCCGAACCAGGCGAUGUCCUUAAAGUGGAAUUUUUGAAUCUCAAGACAGCUGAUUUUGGAUGGACUGCUGUAUUUCCCUCUAGCCUCGGCUUUGGGUUAUUACAUGACGAAUUCCCGGACCCGGCUUUGAAGAUCUGGGAUCUGAAAACGCAUGCUAGUGAAGGAUACACGGAAUUUAAAUCCGGGAUCCAUAUCCCGAUCCACCCGUUUCUCGGCGUGGUGGGCAUUGCCCGCGAACAAGCUGGAGAAUUUAGCACUAUUCCACCCUAUGAAACGGGUGGGAAUAUAGAUUGUCGCCACAUCACGGUUGGGUCGACGUUGUAUCUCCCAGUGAAGGUCAGAGGGGCAUUAUUUAGUUGCGGGGAUGGACAUGCGGCGCAAGGAGAUGGGGAGGUGUGCGGGACGGCUAUUGAGUGUCAGAUGAAGGCUUCAGUGAGGUUGACGGUCGAGAAGGGGAAAUCGUGGGUUACGAGUCCCCAUUAUCGGACGACGGGGGAGCAUUCUGUGAAUCAGGCUCGGUUGACGGGGAACGGGGAGUAUGCUGUUCUUGGGAUCGAUCCUGAUUUGAGGGAGGCGAGUAGGAAGGCGUUGAGGGGGGCGAUUGAUUGGUUGGUUGGAGAGAAGGGGUUGACGAGGGAGGAGGCUUAUAUGCUUUGUAGUGUUUGUGCGGAUUUGAGGAUUGCUGAGAUUGUGGAUAUGCCGAAUUAUGCGGUGAGUUGUGGGGUGCCGUUGAGUAUUUUUGUGGGGGAGACAUAAUUGCGAGUGAGAUGAGUGAGAAGAUCUUGAAGCAAAGGACGAAGAGCAAAUGUGAGGAGAGACACAUUGUGAAGCCUUUGGUACCCGAUGGGGCCAGCGUACGCAGAACUUCCGGCUACAAAAUACCGAAAGCAGAUUCCAGAGUUCGAAGAGUGAGGCAUAAUAUAUACAAAAUCAUAUUUGCUUUAUGUAACAGACAUUACGAU